AUGUAUAAUCUUCCCAUUCCCCCUUCCACCAAACUAAAUAUUCGAGACCUUGAAAUUGAUGAAUUAAAUGAGCUACUUAAAGCUGCUCAUGUCACGAUCAAUAAACUGAACGAUCGCCUCUCAUCGCUAGAAGAGAAGGUGGAGCAAUUUCAGAAAGCAGCUGCAAAUCAUCAGGCACCAGAUGCAUUUCAUGGACCUACCUGUUCUCCAACUGAGGGAACCCUUCCUUUGGGAGAUACUAACCUUACUGCGAUUCGAACAUCUGAUUUGAAAACUGAAUGCUCAGUCCGAACCAUAAAGGAAGCAAACAUCGACCUCAUCAAAUGUUGGAUUUCGGAAAAACUUCAGUGGGCCCCAAAAUAUUGCAUUCUUUACUGCGGUCUUCAAGAUAUACUGGAUACAAAUCCGCUAGAAGAUAUUUUUGAUAGACUUGGUUCUCUUGUUGCGAGUCUGAAGCAGAUAAACGAGGACAUGGUCAUUCACAUAUGUGAACUUGCACCGAAGAAGGGGAAAGGGAAGCCCACAGCCGAAGAAUUGAGCGAAGCUGAGGUGAAAAGGCUUCUGCUCAAAGGACAAGAGUUAGGUUCGGGAGCCUACGGAACGGCCUACAAAGUCCUUCACAAGGGAAAGCCAGCAGUGCUGAAAGUGGCCAUCGAAGACCUGUGGCAAGUGAGAGCAGCCUUCAGAAACGAGGCUAAAACGCUCCAGGAACUCCAGGGCGCGGGAGGAGCUCCUAUGCUACUUGGGACCUGUAGCAAGCCAACCGCCAUCCUCAUGGACUAUUGUUGUGGCCAAGAGUUCUAUUCUUUCAUAUACGACUCGAAGACCUUGCCUUCCCUCGCCUUGCGAGCACUUCCGGACAUUGCGAGGAGGCUCCAAGAAAUCCACCUGGCAGGAUAUAUCCAUGCGGAUUUAAAGACAGACAAUGUGAUGGUCAACGAACAGGUGCAACCCCGAAUAAUCGACUUCGGAUUAGCAGUGAAAAAAGGCAGGAAGAUAAAGAUAGGGCAAAAUAUAUCCGACUCCAUUUACGCGCCAGAGUACACGAGAGGUGCACCCGCUCAGCCCUGGGGAGACGUCUACUCCAUGGGAUGUCUGGUUGAUGAUACUAUCUACGCCCUCUACGAUGACAUCCCGAAGGAUUACGAGAAUAUAAUAAAAAUGGCCAAAAAUAUAAAUCCUAAACUUCGACCAACUGUGCCCGAGUUGGUGGAUCAGCUGGAAGCAGCGUGGCUGAAACAGAAUCUACAAUAG